AGCGACGUUUUGAAGCCUUCGAAAGAUGGAUGCAGUUCGCGGUCUUGACUCGAGAGUACACCAGCUGUGACUUCGAUGCAUAUACAGGAGUCGGGAAUACGGUGCGGUGGCGGCGGCGGCGCCGGCAAACGCGUGUUUGCUGACUUGCUCUUGCCGUGUAAUCCUAGAAGCCUAAUCUGUAUUUGCGGUCUGGGUCUCGAUUUAUAACGUGACACAUAACAAUUUAUUUUCUUUCUUAUUUUCUCUAACUUUAUUAUAAUUUUUAUGGUAAUUUUUACCAUAUAUCAUGAUAUAAAUUAAGUUCAGACUCCAAAUACGAAUUAUUUUCCUUUCGGGAAUUCCUCCCCGCGACACACGUUCCUUCCCUGUCCUUCCCUGAUUGGAUAAACCACUGAAGCCAAAAAAAAAAAAAAAAAACCAACACAGAAAUAUCCCGUCUCGCUUCGGUUCGCUUCCCUCCGCCCCCGCCCCAUGGCCACGCCGCUCCUUCUCCCCUCCCGCGCCGCCCAUGCCGCCGCUACCGCCACUACCUGCGCCUCCUCGCAACACCUUACCGCGGUUACCUCCAAGGAGCCCCCUCCCCCGCCCCGGCUCCGGAGCAAGCGCAGCGGGGGAGGGGCCUCCGGCCACGGCCCCAAGUCCCUCGUCCUCUCCCACGUCGCAGCGGGCCGCAUGAAUGAGGCCACGGACGCCUUCGCGGCCGUCAGGAGCUCCGAAUCGUUCCUCCACAAUGUCAUGAUCCGCGGCUUCGCCGACGCGGGCCUCCCGGGGGACGCGCUCGCGGCCUACCGCGCCAUGCUGGCGGCCGGCGCGCGCCCGGACCGCUUCACCUUCCCCAUCGUGGUCAAGUGCUGCGCGCGCGUCGGCCGCCUCGAGGAAGGCUGCGCAGCGCACGCGGCCGUGAUCAAGCUCGGGCUGGGGGCCGACGUGUACAUCGGCAACUCGUUCGUCGCGUUCUACGCCAAGCUCGGCCUCGUCGGGGACGCCGAGAGGGUGUUCGACGGAGUGCCGGUGCGGGACAUCGUCUCAUGGAACUCGAUGGUGGAUGGGUACGUGUCGAACGGGAUGGGGGCACUGGCACUGGCGUGCUUCCAGGAGAUGAACAACGCACAAGUGCAGCAUGACAGUGUUGGGAUAAUAGCCGCUCUUGCAGCUUGCUGCUUGGAGUCAGCAUUGAUGCAUGGCCGGGAGAUCCACGGCUACGUCAUCAGACACGGUCUGGAGCAGGAUGUCAAGGUGGGGACUUCUGUUCUUGACAUGUAUUGCAAAUGUGGUGAAGUUGCAUCUGCCGAGAAUGUGUUUGCAACGAUGCCAUUGAGGACCGUAGUGACAUGGAAUUGUAUGAUAGGUGGGUAUGCGCUGAAUCAACGAUCUGCGGAUGCAUUUGGUUGCUUCAUGCAAAUGAAAGCAGAGGGGUUUCAGGUGGAAGUGGUCACCGCUAUCAAUUUGCUGGCUGCAUGUGCUCAAACUGAAAGCUCAUUGUAUGGAAGGAGUGUUCAUGGUUAUGUAAUUCGGAGACUCUUUCUUCCUCACGUGGUGCUUGAAACUGCUCUUCUGGAGAUGUAUGGUAAAGUUGGCAAAGUGGAAUCAUCUGAAAAGAUAUUUGGUCAGAUAACGGACAAAACUCUGGUAUCAUGGAAUAAUAUGAUUGCUGCUUACAUGUGCAAGGAGAUGUAUAGGGAAGCCAUCAGAUUGUUCCUGGAUUUACUGAAUCAACCUCUUUAUCCUGAUCAUUUCACCAUGUCGACAGUACUACCUGCAUUCGUCUUGCUAGGGUCACUAAGACAAUGCAGGCAAAUGCACAGCUACAUUAUCAGCUUAGGCUAUGGAGACAACACUCUCAUUAUGAACGCAGUUAUGCAUAUGUAUGCAAGGUGUGGCGAUGUUGGGGCCUCAAGGGAGAUAUUUGACAAACUGCCAGGCAAGGAUGCUAUCUCCUGGAACACGAUGAUUAUAGGAUAUGCAAUUCACGGACAGGGAAAGGCUGCGCUGGAAAUGUUCAAUGAAAUGAAAUGGAAUGGUCUGGAACCAAAUGAGAGUACCUUUGUUUCUGUGUUGACUGCUUGCAGUGUUUCAGGCUUGGCGGCUGAAGGCUGGAUGCAGUUCAAUUCAAUGCAACAAGACUAUGGUAUGGUUCCACAGAUUGAGCACUAUGGAUGCAUGACUGAUCUUCUGGGUCGAGCAGGUGGCCUUAGAGAGGUGUUGCAGUUUAUUGAAAACAUGCCAAUAGCUCCAACAUCCAGGAUUUGGGGUUCCUUACUAACUGCAAGCAGAAACAGGAAUGAUAUAGAUGUAGCAGAAUAUGCAGCGGAGAAGAUAUUCCAACUGGAACAUGACAACACUGGCUGCUAUGUUGUUCUGUCCACCAUGUAUGCUGAUGCUGGGAGAUGGGAGGAUGUGGAGAGGAUAAGAUCUCUGAUGAAGGAUAAGGGGUUGCAAAAAACGGAAGCGAGAAGUCUUGUCGAGCUUAAUGGAACAGAGUGCAGAUUUGUCAAUGAAGAUAUGUCUCAUCCUCAGAGCAAGGCAAUUCAUGAAUUGUCUGAUAUUCUGUCAAGAAAUAUUGGAGAAACUUUGGAUGACUCAAGGAAUCUCCGUGACGCGGUUACGUUUGAAUCUAGAAGAACACUAAUGCCUAAUAAGCAUAGUGUAAGGCUUGCUGUUGCUUUUGGUUUGAUAUCAUCUGAGGUUGGAAUCCCCGUUCUUGUCAAAAAGAAUGUGCGUGUAUGCAAUUACUGCCAUCAUGCACUGAAGUUGAUCUCAAAGUAUUCAAGACGGAAGAUUGUUGUUGGUGACACAAAGAUCUAUCAUGUAUUUUCAGAUGGUUCGUGUUGUUGUGGUGACUAUUGGUGAUUUUUUCGGUUGAUGACAAUCCCAGGAUGGAUUCGGCAAGAGCAAGAGAACACCUAGAUGCAUUGGUAUUCUGACAAAACCCGACAUCUCAUAGAACUGACUUCAUUCCUAGGUGCAGAUAACAGUGGCUCGAGGGAAGGGGAAAAUAUUCUUUUCCUUGGAAACAAUGAGGAAAAAACUGUGGCUUACUACUGAUUACACACAAUAGACAGAAACUAAACAUCAUCUUUUGUAAUAGUUGAAAGUAGCAUGAUGUACAAAGUCGAUUCUUUUAAAAAGAAAGACUGAAUUACAACA